AUGGAUUUAGCUGAAGAAUCUGGUAUUCAGUCAGAAGAGGAGAGGGCUGAUUAUGUUAGUCUACAGGCUGAUUUGUGGAAAGCAGAGAAGAAUGUUAACUCUUUGUGGAUGCAAAAAUCAAGGCUUAACUGUAAUGAUGAGGGCGAUAAGAAUAUUAAGUUUUUUCAUAGAAUUGCUUCCCCUAAGGAUAUUCAGCUUCAUAUCAGGAAUUUCUACAUCUCCCUAUAUAGUCGGGCAACGAAUGUUAGUUUUGAUAUCACCGACCUUCACUUCGAUGCGAUUACUGAUGAACAAACCUUUUCCUUGAUCAAGCCUUUUGAUCAGGCUAAAGUCUUCAACGCCAUUGCUUCGUGUGGUUCUAAGAAGGCUCCAGACCUUGAUGGAUUUAAUUUUUAUUUUUAUCAAAAAGCUUGGUUUGUGAUGAAGGGUGAAAUUGCCGAUUUCUUCAAGAAGUUUCAUGAUUUUGGUACCUUAUCCAAAGGUAUCAACUCGUCUUUCAUGGUUCUUAUUCCAAAGGUGGCAGGAUCUUCCAAUUUCAAGGAUUAUCAUCCUAUCAGUCUGGUUAAUGGCUUUUAUAAAAUACUUUCUAAGGCUCUCACUACUAGAAAACUCAUCCCGCCAAUAUUAGCGACUGAAAUUCCGUCGCUAAAAGGGGCGGGAUGA